CUCUGGCUCUGGAUCUGCUCGGGCGCACAGAGGGGCAGUGCCAUGCACACUCCUGCCUCCUGCUCCUGAGCGGAGGGAACCAGUCUGUGGAGUUCACUCCCGCCGAUGACCAAACGAUGGAGAAGCCUGGAAACAUCACCCUCCACCCGAACGGGUCCGAUCCGUUCGGGAGGAACGAGGAGGUGGCCCAGAUCGAGAUCAUGGUGCUGAGCAUCACCUUCGUGGUCGCCGUGAUCGGCAACGUGAGCGUCCUGCUGGCGAUGUACAACACCAAGAAGAAGAUGUCGCGCAUGCACCUCUUCAUCAAGCACCUGAGCCUGGCGGACCUGGUGGUCGCCUUCUUCCAGGUGCUGCCGCAGCUCUGCUGGGAGAUCACCUACCGCUUCUACGGUCCGGACUUUCUCUGCAGGAUCGUGAAGCACCUCCAGGUGACGGGGAUGUUUGCCUCCACCUACAUGAUGGUGAUGAUGACCCUUGACCGCUACAUCGCCAUCUGCCACCCGCUGAAAACCCUCCAGCAGCCCACCCAGCGCUCCUACAUCAUGAUCGUGUCCACGUGGAUGUGCAGCCUGGUGUUCAGCACGCCGCAGUACUUCAUCUUCUCCCUGAGCGAGGUCCAGAACGGCUCCACGGUCAAGGACUGCUGGGCGCACUUCAUCGAGCCCUGGGGCGCCCGGGCGUACAUCACCUGGAUCACCGGCGGGAUCUUCCUGGUGCCCGUGGUCAUUCUUGUGAUGUGCUACGGCUUCAUCUGCCACACCAUAUGGAAAAAUAUCAAAUAUAAGAAAAGGAAAACGAUGCCCGGCGCUCCGAAAAAGAGCGGGCUGAUCGGGAAGAAUUCCGUCAGCAGCGUCACGACCAUAUCGAGAGCCAAGCUGCGGACUGUCAAGAUGACUUUUGUGAUCGUUUUGGCGUACAUCAUUUGUUGGGCGCCGUUUUUCACAGUGCAGAUGUGGUCUGUGUGGGAUGAAAACUUCUUGUAUGCUGAUUCUGAGAACACAGCGGUGACUAUUUCUGCGCUCCUUGCCAGUCUCAACAGCUGCUGCAACCCGUGGAUAUACAUGAUCUUCAGCGGCCACCUCCUGCAGGAUUUCAUGAAGUGCUUCGCCUGGUGCCGCAGAGCAAACACAGACUUCAAGAAGGAGGACUCGGACAGCAGCAUCCGCAGGACGACCCUGCUGACUAAGAUGACCAACCGCAGCCCCACGGGCAGCACUGGCAACUGGAGAGAGCUGGACAACUCUCCCAAGACCUCCAUUCAGAUGGAGUAACGGCUGGGAAGAUAAAUGUUUACCGGGGGUGGGAAUGAGCACAUGUGUUGCAGCGGCGCAGAGGUGCACUCACAGUAUCAGCUGGUCUUAGCUGCAGACAUGACAGACAGUGACGUAAAUGUCCCUCACACCCCAGAGCCGCCAUUCAGAGAGGAGACAUAGAUUGAGAAGACUUUUGGAAAUGUCAAUUGUUGCUUCUUCAUGAGUUCUUGUUGCUUCACAUAAUCUCUGUAACAAUAUAAGGAAACUAUUGGAAAAAGGUGUAAAUCAUCACUGUUUUAUAUCUUCUAAAUAGUUUGUAAAUGCCAUCUUUGCUAACAGUUGUGUUUUGCAUAAUAUUCAAAAAUCCAAAAGCAACAGCACGAUUUCCUCUUUUCGUGCUUUUGCGAGAAAGCAGUUUUCCAGGAGUACGGGUGUGUUUACGGUGGCUAUCCCUCCCUGCACCGCUACCGAGGAGCCUUUCCUGUCAAGGUGUUUGCAGAGAUAAAACUUGCAGAGCAGCCAAGUGGUGUGUGGUGGUGGUGACGAUAAUUCCAGACCACAGGUCUCCAAGUAACUGAGGCUCAUCCUUUGUGGUUAGCUUUCCAUUUUGUUAUUAUUUCUGCACUGAGACAGAUUUUAGAGGGUUAUAAACAAAAAACACAUUUACACCAACUUUUCCUUUGGGCCCUUUACAGAAAGGACAUUUUAAUGGUUGAGGGAUUUGGGCUGCAUUUACCCACUGAGCCUUUUACAUGCAUCCAUGUAUUUGUAAUGGAUUUGUUUCAUGUUAAAGCAGGCAGCCCUAAAGGAUGGCAUUCAUUUCUGCUCAGCGUGGGCAGAUGGAACAUAGAGGGACAUUCACUUCACACUCACACACACACACACACACGCACUUGGGUGCGAAGGGGGUGGCAGUGGCUUUGAUAGGCCCCAGUCUGCCUACCCACCCACAGGCCCCUCCCACUGUUUACACAAAAUGUUGGGGAGAAGCUCAAACAUUCCACUAACGCAACGUCAACACACUUCCUGAUAUUUUUGGGACAUCCUGCACCA